GCAGUCUCAGGGGGAAAAAAAGAAACUUUGCAAUAGAGUGAAGUUCUUUCUUACGGCUUUGUUUGGGGCUAAAAAUGUCAUAUAUUUUACACGCACACGGAUGAGUUCAUUAAAAAGGCUGAAAGAUGGUUUUUAGUAGAUAGUAAAAAGCACCCAAAAAAAAAGGCUUUAGCCCCAGUCUCCUCAGCAGCUUUAGUAGCUACAGUAGCAAUUCUGGGAUGUGUCCCAGUUUUGAGCGCCGCCCUCAGACAGCGGCUCCGAGAAUCUGUCAGACAGACUGAGAAAGUCGUUUUUCUCACAGCUCCUAAUUUCAGCGACGACUCUGGAAGGCGGGAGAGCUCAGGUUUAGUUACAAGAAUGGGCAUGACGGUGCGGGCCAAGCCGAGGGUGUAGCCACAUCUGGCAGAGCGAGCUGAGCGACGCUGAGCAGGAACCUCAGCACACCAAGACAUCUGCUGCAGAGGGGAAAAUGGGAAAGAUGGAGGAGGAGAGCGACAAUGUCGGGAAGCUGUUUGAGAACUUCAUCCAGGCCUCCACCUGUAAAGGGACUCUGCAGGCCUUUAACGUCCUCUGCAGACGUUUGGACCUUGACCCGGCGAACCACAACACUUUCUACUGCAGCAUGAAGGCAAAGGUCACCUCUUGGAAGGCCAAGGCACUUUGGAGCAAGUUAGACAAAAGGAUAUCCCACAAGGAGUACAAGAAAGGUCAAGCUUGUGUGGGGACAAAGUGCCUCAUCAUCGGAGGAGGCCCGUGUGGCUUGCGGACUGCCAUCGAGCUUGCCUUGAUGGGUGCCAAGGUGGUGGUGAUUGAGAAGAGGGAUUCUUUUUCAAGGCACAACGUGCUCCAUCUUUGGCCCUACACCAUCCAUGACCUGCGGGGCCUCGGGGCCAAAAAGUUCUACGGAAAGUUCUGUGCCGGAGCCAUCGACCACAUCAGCAUUCAGCAGUUGCAGCUCAUCCUCCUGAAGGUGGCUCUCAUCGUUGCUGUGGAGUUCCACAUCAACGUGGAGUUUAUUAAGCUGCUGGAGCCUCCAGAAGAUCAGCAAAACGAAGCGAUUGGGUGGAGGGCCGCAAUCCGACCUGCAGAUCACCCGGUGGCUGGCUUUGAGUUUGAUGUGGUGGUGGGGGCCGAUGGGCGGAGAAACACGCUGGAAGGUUUCAAAAGGAAAGAGUUCAGAGGUAAACUGGCAAUCGCCAUCACAGCCAACUUUAUCAACAGGAACACAACUGCGGAGGCGAAAGUAGAGGAGAUCAGCGGCGUGGCCUUCAUUUUCAACCAGAAGUUCUUUCUUGACCUCAAAGAGGAGACAGGCAUUGAUCUGGAGAACAUUGUCUAUUACAAGGACAACACACAUUACUUUGUCAUGACGGCAAAGAAACAGAGUCUGCUGGAGAAAAAAGUUGUCAUCAAUGAUUACAUGGACACUCAGAUGCUGCUGAGCAGCGAAAAUGUCAACCAGGAAGCCCUUCUGAGCUACGCCCGAGAAGCUGCUGACUUUGGCACCAACUAUCAACUUCCCACACUCGAUUACGCCAUGAAUCAUUGCGGGCAGCCAGAUGUGGCCAUGUUUGACUUCACAAGCAUGUAUGCGUCUGAGAACGCCGCUCUGGCCAGGGAGAGAUCCGGACACCAACUGCUGGUGGCGCUAGUUGGUGACAGUCUGCUGGAGCCCUUCUGGCCAAUGGGGACUGGUUGUGCCAGAGGUUUCCUGGCUGCCUUUGAUACGGCCUGGAUGGUAAAGAGCUGGGCUGAAGGCCGGACGGUUCUGGAAGUUCUGGCAGAAAGGGAGAGUAUUUAUCGACUUCUACCACAAACUACUCCUGAAAACAUAGCCAAAAACUUUGACCAGUACACUAUCGACCCUUCAACUCGAUACCCCAACCUCAACUCCUCAUGCGUUAGACCUCACCAAGUGCGUCACCUGUACGUCACUGGAGAGCUAAAUUCCUGCUCCCUGGAGCGUGCUGCUACCAUACGACGGCCUGUCAAUCUCUAUAGACGAGAGUCUGAGAUCCGGCCAUCGCGGCUCCUUUCCUGGUGCCAGAAACAGACCGAGGGCUACAGGAAUGUCUCCAUCACAGACCUGGCAUCGUCUUGGAGAAGUGGCAUCGCCCUGUGUGCCCUCAUUCACAGAUUUAAACCCCAGCUGAUAGACUUUGACUCUUUAAAUGAGGAAGACCACACUGCAAACCUCCAGCAAGCUUUUGACAUCAGCGAUCGGGAAUUCGGGAUUCGCCCAUUCACUUCUGCAUUGGACCUGAGCGCUGGUGAUGAGCUGGACAAAACCAGGAUGAUUGCUUACCUGUCUAAGUUCUACGAGCUUUUCCGUGGGACUCCUCUACCUUCGUUGGCAGAUUCCAGAAGAGUGGAUGAAAACAAUGAAGAAUAUCCCUCAGAGGAAGUCAAAGCUAAUAAUAAUGAUCUCAAUCUUGCACUGACAAGGAAGCGGGUACCAAAGGAUGAGAAGAAGUCAGACGGUACAGACUCUAUUUACAAAAGGAGGCGAAGAUUCUUCUAUCUGGAGGAGGCCACUAACAUGCGUAGUAAUGGCUCAUCAGUCCAACACGAACGGGAGCCCAAAGAAAACAAAGUUCGCUCAAUGGCUUCGCAGCUACAGGCCAAGUUUGAAAGCAAGAACAGCUACACAUUUCAAAAAACACAGUCAGACUGUGAGACAGUCUUGGUGCUCCCUAAUCUUAAUCAGAUUGAGCUUCGGCCUGUUGGGAUCAGGUCUCCGUUCCCACCUAAGCCUUCUUCAAUGACACAGUUUGAAAAAAGUAUCAGAAAAGCGGCUGAACAGUUAGCCAACCUUCCUCCAAAGACUCUGCCAAAACCCCAGCUCCGUCCUCAGCCCCAGCAUCCAUUUUUAGUCGUGAAGCUCAGACAUGUUGAUCAAACUCUCACUGAGACGAAGCCCCAGCCUGAGUGUGAGAGUCCUGAGCCCCCCGCAUCUCCUCCGUCCUGCCGCUCUGCUAUCUGUUUCAUGACAAGAGUUCUGCAUCGCCUCAGAGAGGUGGACGAACACGUAUCUGAGAAAAAAGCUCAAACACAACAAGUUAGGGAGUUUCAGACAAAGAGCAUAAAGGAAAAAGCUGUUCACCUUAGUGGACUGUUCUCAGGAGACAGUCCUGACGUUCUCAAGGGAAGUUCGAUAAGAAGGACGUUUUCCCAGUCGGCUGACAAGUGCUACUCUUGCUCCAAGCGUGUUUACAUGGUUGAGCGGGUCUGUGCCGAGGGGUUCUAUUUCCACCGGGAAUGUUUCCGGUGUUCCACCUGCAACUGUUCCCUCCCACAGGGAGCGCAUGCGUUCAACUCAGAAGAAGGGAAACUCUACUGCAAACUUCAUUUUCAUCAGCGCAACAAUGGGACAAAUCUGCGAAGGACUUUUUCUCUACCUCCAAAUCGGAAUAGAGCUCAGGAUCGAAUUGCUGCAGACGGAGAGAGCUCCCAGUCCAGCAGUUCGGCAGAGCUGGAGAGCCCGCCUGCGGCAGGUACCUGCACUUCGUUCAUGAAGAAAAAGCUGAAUUGGUCGCUGAGUGUGACGCGCGCUGUCUGUAACGCCCCCUGGCAUCUGUCUCAACGCGCUCACAGCGCAGCACAGGCCCUCGUCGGCCACCUGAGAGACAACGCCCAUGACUACACGUUACUGUAUGAGCUACUGAGCAUGAGCUUACCCCUGUUGUUUGUUUUACAAGAGGUUCUGCUGCAGAUGCACACUGAGACUGUUCCUGAUGAGCCGAGCACCUUGCAACCUGUAUUGCUUUGGCUGCAAGAGCAGGUCGGGCACAGGCUCAUCUAGUUUCUCAACGGGCAAAAAACUGUUUUAAUUUCGAACAUUUCUCCAUUUUACCACUAAAUUAGUGGACACUGAUUGAAUUGCUAUCAUUACUUGUACAUGCAUGGAAGCAGGGUUUUGAUGUUUACUCAUUUGUAAAAGCAUUGGAUGCAUCUGUGCAUCAGCCAAAGAAGAGAAAACCGAUCAGUUAAGACUUGAGCAAAUGCAUUAAAUGGCUUGAAAUCAGAAUCAGUAGAUUGUAGUCAUUAGACUGAUUUAGUCUAAUCACCGUUACUGUAGAUUUGCCCUAGUUAAUUGCUGUUUCUGAAAUCCUAUGAGUCUUGUGGUUAGAGAUAUGACUCAUGAACUCUAUGCACUUUAUUUUGGAGAAUUGUUUUGUCCACGUAGCGAUAAACUGUCACCUUGGACAAAAAGUCUGCUCUCGUGUUAGCAGCCAUCACAGCUUUAUUCUUAAUAAAUGUAUUAUUUCGAGAUGCUGGCAGAGCUGCUUUUUACUGACACUGUGGUAAUACUCUGUUUGAUUUUAUGAAUUGUUUUCAUUCAUUUUUUUUAGUUUUCAUAGUUUCACCAAAGAGUCUACCACUGUCAUUAACUUUGGGGAGUGUUUUGCUUUAUUUUGCUGCCAUCUACUGGUGCCUCAGAAGAUGGCAGCCAGACAAGUUUUUCACCUAUUUUAUGUUAUUUUAUUUUUGAUUACCAUUUUUAACACCCCCAUGUGGUUAACAUGGUCAGAUUUACUUUAAUCUGAAUGCAUCCUGUAAAGUGUUUGAAUGUGUUUGCCAUUUUUUUCAAAGCAUGUUGUUAGAUAAUCAACUGCGAACCUCUCUGACUGGAACCAACCAGCUGCUUCCUAUAAAAAGUACGCAGUCUAUUGAUGCUCACAGAGCACUUUAGAUUUAGUUUCACAUGCAGAGAUUUGUUUGAAAAUGAUUGCUGACAUGCAAUGCAUCUUCUAAAGUGUUUACAACGUGGUAAAACUUUAUGUUUCACUAUGAGCUUUAUAAUAUUUUGAAUCUGCAACUGAAUGUCUUGUUUACUGUUCAAGAGGAAAACAUCAGUGUUUCAAAAUGCCAAAGGACUUUUGUAAGCAGACAAACUGGACUUGUAUGAAAUAUAAUUUAUACAUCUUUAUCGCAAAUGAAUCUGUACGUAUCUGUAUUGGCUCAUUGUGAAAGUUGAUAUCAUGUUUGCAUAAACGUAAAAUUCUUGUGUGCA